AUGACGGACACAACUGCGCCCGGGCACGACGUCCUGCCAGACCCCGGCAGCGUCGACUCCGACUCCUCCUCUGGGCUGGACGAGGCUCCCGUGGCCGCGGCCGACGUCUCUGACGGCCUCAGCGUCGACGAGUGCGUGCUAAAGGCCGUCGAGGCAAAGGAGCGCGGCAACGGCAGCUUCAAGGGCGGCGAGAACGCGGAGGCUUGCCAGGCGUACCAGCUCGCCGCGCAGUAUCUCCGCCGCCACUCCGAAGUGCCCGCCGCCAAGGAGGUGCUCCUGUCGGUGCAGACCAACCUCGCCGCGGCGCAGCUGCGGCUCGAGCUGUGGGAGGACGCGGCGGCGGCCGCGACGGCGGCCCUCGCCCUCGACCCCGCGUCGGUCAAGGCGCUCUUCCGGCGCGGCGUCGCGCGCGCGCGGAUGGGAGAGCUUUCCGACGCCAAGGCCGACCUGACGGCGGUUUGCAAGGCCGACGCGCGGAACCGCGACGCCCGCUCGGAGCUGGCGGCCGUGCAGGAGCGGCUGGCGGCUGCGAAGGAGGCGGAGAAGGAGAAGCUCUCGCGCCUCUUCGCGGGAAAGAGCCUGUACGCGCCCGAGGAGAGGGAGGUGCGGCGCAAGGCUGCGGAGCAGGCCAAGCGCGACCGCGAGCGAGUCGCCAGGGAGGCGGCCGAGGAGGAGGCGCUGCGGGCCGACUGGAGGCGAGAGUGCGAGAGGCUGAGGGAGGAGGCGAGGAGCGAGCGGCGGGGCCGGCGCGAGGCGGCGGCGGCGGCGGCGGAGAGACGCGCCGGCGUGGACGGCGGCGGCGCACCCGCCGCGGGGGGCAUGCAGGUGGAGGGCGGCGCGGCGGCGGAGGGGGCGGCGGAGGGGGCGGCGGAGGGGGCGGCGGAGGGGGCGGCGGAGGCGGAGGGGGAGGGGGCGGCGGAGGGGGGGGCGGAGGGGGGGGCGGCGGCGGAGGGGGCGGCGGAGGAGGAGGCGGCGGAGGAGGAGGCGCCGCCGGUGGCGUUUGAGGACUUCAAGAAGGCGCGUGAGGAGAAGAGCAAGGCGGAGAAGGAGGCUCGCGAGAGGGCGGAGGAGGAGGCGCGGGCGGCGGCGCGGCACGCCAGGAUGCUGCAGAACCAGGCGAGCGAGGUGGUCGAUGGCGAGGAGGAGCUCGAGGGGCUGGUGCGCGGCUACAAGAAGCGCGCCGACGGCUCGACGACGUCGUACUUUGACCGCGAGGUGGACGCCUCCACGAGGGCCAUGCUGGACCGCCUCAAGGCACCAAAGAGGAUCGACGCGCCGCCGGCCGACGCCGCGGCGGGCGGCGGCGGCGGCGGUGCCGGGUCGGCGUGGAACCGCACCGGCGUGACGUGGGAGGACAAGGACGUCUCCAAGUGGGCGAGCGCCGAGCUGCAGCAGAGGGUGGGCGGCGCGGCUGCCUCGCUGGCCGCAGACGAGCGGCUGCCGCGCGCGUUGCUCGGCUGCGGCCUCGAGGCGCGGGUGUGCAAGGUGGAGUCGUGCGAAGGGACGGCCACCGUCACGUCCUCGCGAGGCGUGCUGCGCCACGCCUUCGACUACUCCUUCGAGGCGGAGUGGGAGGUCAAGCCGCUU